UGUUAGCUUGAGCGACAACUUAAGUGCUAGACGGCGUCUCGGAAAAAGAGGUGGGAACUUGCAAGACGGGGUUGGGGGAAAGAGAACAAUAAAAUGGAUUUGCAUGUGUCCAUCAAAGUCAUGGGGGUACACCUUGAAGUGCAGCAGGACACGUCCAGCUGUUUAUAUCACUGUCCAAUCUGCGCACUCGAGACUUUCAAGCCAACUGAUUUAAAAACAGCCAGAAAACACCUGGAGAGCCACACUGGGCGAUCCUUCCAUCAUGGAGGUUUGCGUUUCAGGGCCCACCGCACCAAUGCUAGUGGCCACCGCACCACUGCCAGUGCCCACUGCACCACCUGCUGCACCACUGCCAGUGCCCACUGCACCACCUGCUGCACCACUGCCAGUGCCCACUGCACCACCUGCUGCACCACUGCCAGGGCCCACAGCAUCACCUGCUGGACCGAAGAAAUAAACAUGCCCUGCUCUGAAGUCACGCAAGCCACAGCUUCAUCUCCUGUGAAGGGUCUCAAGACCGGUCCUGAAGAACUUAAAGUCGUUCUGAAAUUCGCUAAACUUACCGAAAACGCCACAGUUCCAACAAAGGGAUCUGCGAAAUCUGCGGGUUAUGACCUUUACAGUGCUUACGACUACUCCGUCGCCCCCAUGGAUAAAGUUGUAGUGAAGACAGACAUUCAGAUUGCAGUUCCCACUGGUUGCUACGGAAGAGUGGCUCCGAGGUCUGGAUUAGCUGCAAAAAACUUCAUAGAUGUUGGAGCUGGAGUUGUAGAUGAAGACUACAGAGGAAAUGUAGGAGUUGUGCUUUUCAACUUCAGUAAAGAAACAUUUGAAGUUAAAAAGGGGGAUCGUGUUGCGCAGCUGAUCUGUGAAAAAAUAUGCUACCCGGAAUUGGAGGAGCACAAGACUUUGGAUGAAACUGUUCGUGGGGCUGGUGGUUUUGGAUCCACUGGCAAAAAUUGAGACCACUUUUUUUUGGGUGUUUUCAUAGUUCAAGAUUUCCGUUUAUUACUGUAUAUGCUGUAAUUAAUAAUGUUGGUUUAUGUUUGGUUCAUUUUAUGAAUGUCUGCCACACAUAUUACAGAUAGUGAAGAUAUUACAGUUGGCAACUCUUACUUGUCAUUGUUUCAUAAUAAAGCAAUUUUGGCUAUUGGUUA